AUCUACAAGUGUCUUCAUAGUACGAUGGUCUAAGAGGGUAGCUAAAGGACUAGAAAGGAACGCCUGCUACAAAUGGAUGGUUACGGUUCGAUCACUCACUCCGAGUAUCAUCCGAUAAAAUAUCGACUGAAUAUUUUGGCGCCAUUUUCAUUCUGGUCACGUGUUAAAGUUGUUUUGGUGCCAUUACCUUGGAUUUUAGUCUAUCUCGUGCAGAAAUGGCAUUACAGCCUUGUCAACAAAUCUCUUUAGAUAGUCCCGCUGAGCAUGGGUUUCUCGCCUUCCUGCGGUCCUUGCCGGAGAAGUUGGACACAACAUUUCGAGUAUUCGAUCGAUCGGAAUACUACACAGUGCACGGGAGUGAUGCAUUGUUUGCAGCUAAAGAAGUUUUUAAAACAAACAGCGUCAUCAAAUACUUGGGAGGAGAUAAGAAAGUGCCUUCUGUGGCUUUAAGCAAAAUGAAUUUUGAGUCUUUGUUGCGAGAUCUACUUCUUGUGAGGCAAUAUCGAGUGGAGCUAUACAGAAAUAAAGGUGGAAAAACUAACAAUUCAUGGGAAGUGAUUGCUAAGGCAUCUCCUGGAAAUCUACAUCAGUUUGAAGAACUGUUAUUUGGUAACGCAGAGAUGUCAACAUCUGCUGUUGUCAUGGCAAUUAAACUUGGUUCAGACAAUGGCCAGAGAAUUGUUGGAGCUGCAUAUGCCGACAGUGCAUCAAGGAAACUUGGAGUUUCUCAGUUUACAGAUGAUGACCAGUUUUCAAAUCUAGAGGCAUUGCUUGUCCAACUUGGUCCAAAAGAAUGUCUUCUUGUGCAAAACGAUGCAAAUUCUGAUUCAUCCACGAUGCAAGAAAUUAUUCGCCGCUCAAACAUACUCAUCACCGAGCGCAAGAAAGCUGACUUUUCCAACAAAGACAUUGUACAAGAUCUGAAUCGACUUUUGAAACUUGGUGCAUCAGGAAACAGUGCAGCUCUUCCUGAGAUGGACUUGACUUAUGCCACAUCGUCUCUUGCUUCAUUGAUUAAGUAUCUUGAGUUACUUUCUGAUGAAACAAACUUUGGACAGUUUCUCCUGGAGUCAUUUGAUCUCAGUCAGUUCAUGAAACUUGAUGCUGCCGCUGUACGAGCAUUGAACCUUUUUCCUAAUCCAAUGGAUGGAGGUAAUAAAACAAUGUGUCUUCUUGGUCUUCUUAAUAAAUGUAAAACUGCUCAAGGACAACGUUUAUUAUCACAGUGGAUCAAGCAACCUUUGAUGGACAAGAACAAAAUUGAAGACAGACUGAAUGUAGUAGAAAAGUUCACAGAAGAUACAGAGAUGAGACAAGUUCUUCAGGAUGAACUCAAGAAGUUUCCUGACUUUUCUCGUCUCUCCAAGAAAUUUCAACGUCAGAAGGCAACAUUGCAGGAUUGUGUCAAAGUCUAUCAAACUGUUGUAAAUCUUCCAUCUCUGGUUGAUACUCUAGAAAAAUGCCAAGGCACACAUGUUAAACUUAUUGAUGAAUGGUUUAAGACACCAAUUAAGGAUCUUCUGGAGGAUUUUAGUAAGUUCAGCGAGCUUGUUGAGACAACUAUUGACUUGGAGCAAGUUGAAAAUCAUGAGUAUUUGAUCAAAGCUUCAUUUGAUGAAGGUUUGCAAGAAUGUAAAGAACAGAUGGAUGAAAUUCUUGAAAAGAUUCCCAUAGAGUUAAAUAAGGCUGGCAGAGACCUUGGUUUAGAACCAAGCAAGACAAUUAAACUUGAGUCAAACAAUCAAAUUGGAUAUUUCUUUAGAGUUACUAGAAAGGAGGAGAAAGGACUUCGUAAUAAUAAGAAAUACAUUACAAUAGAAACAAGAAAAGAUGGCAUUAGGUUCACUAAUUCAUCUCUUAAACAACUUAACGAAGAGUUUCAAGGUUAUCGUACUAUGUAUAACGAUGUCCAGAGCAAACUUGCUACUGAAGUCUUGAGAGUUGCAGGUGGAUAUAGUGAGCCAAUGCAGACCAUUAGUGAUGUAAUAGCACAGUUAGAUGUGCUAGUCAGUUUUGCCCAUGUUUCAGCCAAUGCACCCAUUCCUUAUGUACGUCCGACAUUGUCACCUCAAGGUGAAGGAGAUAUCAAGCUGGAUUCAUCACGGCAUCCCUGUCUUGAAAUGCAAGAUGAUGUUUCAUUUAUUGCUAAUAAUGUUGACUUAACACAUGAUGAAAAGAUGUUUCUGAUCAUCACAGGGCCCAACAUGGGUGGUAAAUCAACGUAUAUACGACAGAUAGGUGUGGUAGUGUUGAUGUCUCAGAUUGGAUGCUUUGUACCCUGCACCUCGGCGCACAUUUCCUUGGUUGACUGCAUACUGGCACGUGUGGGGUCUGGAGACAGUCAACAAAAGGGUGUGUCGACUUUUAUGUCAGAAAUGCUGGAGACAGCAUCAAUUUUGAAAUCGGCAACAAAGGAUUCAUUGAUCAUCAUUGAUGAGCUGGGUAGAGGAACAUCAACCUAUGAUGGUUUUGGCCUUGCCUGGGCAAUCUCUGAAUUCAUUGCAACAAAGAUAAAGUGUUAUUGUUUAUUUGCAACACACUUCCAUGAACUAACGGCUCUGGCAGAUGUUGUUCCUACUGUAACCAACUUACAUGUAACAGCGAUGACGACGGGUGGAACUUUAACAUUAUUAUAUAAAGUAAUGUCUGGUGUUUGUGAUCAGAGUUUUGGUAUCCAUGUAGCAGAGUUAGCUCACUUUCCACAAAAUGUAAUUGAGAUGGCCAAAGAAAAAGCUGCUGAGCUGGAAGACUUUCAGGGUAACACAGCUGAUCUUGGACAGGGAGUCAUAGACCAAUCAGGAUGUUCCCCUUCUAAAAGGCGAAGACUGGUCAAACAGGAUGGAGAAAAGAUAAUUAAGGAUUUUCUAAGUCAAGUUAAGAGUUUACCUCUUGACCAGUUAACAGAUGAACAAAUAAUGACAGAAGUUGAUAAACUAAAACAAAAUGUUCAAGCUCAAGACAACCCUUAUGUACAAGAACUUCUUGCGAAAUAAAGACAGCGAUGGGCGGUGUGGGCGUGGGUGUUAAGUAAAAAUUAUAAGAAGGUUGUACUUUAUAAGUAUUCUGUAGCUUUAGAUAAUAUGACAUCUAUAUGAUAAAAUAUAAUUGAAA